CUCUUUUGUGAGCUGAACUAAUGACUGCUGCAAUAAGACGACACAGAGAACUGAGUAUCUUCCCGAAGGUGACAUUGGAAACAAUGAACACCACAGUGAUGCAAGGCUUCAACGGGUCUGAGCGGUGCCCCAGAGACACUCGGAUAGUACGGCUGGUAUUUCCAGCUCUCUAUACAGUGGUUUUCUUCACCGGCAUCCUGUUGAACACUUUGGCUCUGUGGGUGUUUGUCCACAUCCCCAGCUCCUCCACCUUCAUCGUCUACCUCAAAAACACUUUGGUGGCUGACUUGAUAAUGACACUCAUGCUUCCUUUCAAAAUCCUCUCUGACUCACACCUGGCACCCUGGCAGCUCAGAGGUUUUGUGUGUCGUUUCUCUUCGGUGAUAUUUUAUGAGACCAUGUAUGUGGGCAUCGUGCUGUUAGGUUUCAUAGCCUUUGACAGAUUCCUCAAGAUCAGUAGACCUUUGAGAAAUGUUUUCCUUAAAAAAACUGUUUUUGCAAAAACUGUCUCAAUCUUCACCUGGUGUUCUUUGUUCCUCAUCUCUCUGCCAAAUAUUAUCUUGAGCAACAAGGAAGCAACACCAUCGUCUGUGAAAAAGUGUGCCUCCUUAAAGGGGCCUCUGGGGCUGAAAUGGCAUCAAAUGGUAAAUAACAUAUCCCAGUUUAUUUUCUGGACUGUUUUCGUCCUAAUGCUGGUGUUUUAUGUGGUUAUUGCAAAAAAAGUAUACGAUUCUUAUAAAAAGUCCAAAAGUAAGGACAGAAAACACAACAAAAAGGUGGAAGGCAAAGUAUUUGUUGUCGUGGCUGUCUUCUUUGUGUGUUUUGCUCCAUUUCAUUUUGCCAGAGUUCCAUAUACUCACAGUCAAACCAACAAUAAGACUGACUGCAGAAUGCAAAAUCAACUGUUUAUUGCUAAAGAAACAACUCUCUUUUUGGCAGCAACUAACAUUUGUAUGGAUCCCUUAAUAUACAUAUUCUUAUGUAAAAAAUUCACAGAAAGACUACCAUGUAUGCGAGAGAGAAAGACCAUAGCAUCAAGCCAAGAGAAUCAGAGCAGUCAGACAGACAAUAUAACCUUAGGCUAACAACUGUACAUAUGGUUAACUUAUAUUUAUUGCUGAGACUUCAGUAGAUAAUGUGGAAAUCAAAUUUAACCAAUAAAAAAGAUUGGGACAAAUGCCCUCUUGCAUUUUACCAUCCUGGUAUAAAGAAAAGAUUAUAUAAAUUUUAACUCCACAUAGAUGUAUUCAUAAGCUGAAUGAACCAUUACUAAGAAAAAGCAACAGGAUACAAAUGGCCACUAGAGGUCACUACUUCAAGAGCAUUCACUAACACUGGAAAAGAUUAAAGAGAUGUGCAUAUCCCUGCAAACCUCCCCUCCAAACACCUUCUCACAUUCUUUUACACAAUUCACACAACACUACUGCUUUUGUGCCCCUUAAAUGUAGAUAUGUGCUGAUUUAAAAAAAAAAAAAAAAAAAAAAAAGGCCAACUCCUGAAGUUCACUGUUGAAAACUGCAGCCAGGGGUUCAAAGGGCAAAUUUGAAGAGUCUGAGGAACUGAACUGGGUCAGCAAGUCCUCUGAAAUCCUGGGUAAAGAAUUUUCUCCUUACCAUUACAAACAGCUUCUUUCACAUUACAACAAUACACCAUCGCAGGGACAAGCACCAUUAUUAAACCACUUUUCUUAUCCCUUAGGUGUAUAUAAUUCAAGUAUGAGAAUGCUAUGUUACUAUUCUUUGGAAUUCUGCUUCUGUCCAGCAAAUACUCUGAUGAUGGUUAAACAUGCCACCUACUCACCAAAGCCUUCCUGGGCCACAAUCCCUACACCCCUGCCCCUCCCUCCGGUUAAAAAUAAUUACUUCUUCUGUUUGGGUGUGUGAUAGGGUUCUCAAUGCAGACUCCCCUUUUCUAGUUAACACCCCUAAAAAAUGUUAAAGCUUCUUGAGAGGCAGACAUGCCAGGUUUUCUUGGUAUCUCCCACAAUACACCCUACAGUCUAUGGUCUACAGAUGUUUUAAAUAGAAUUGCUAUUCUUGAUACAUACAAAGAUGUAAUUGCUGACCCAUAAUCAGUAACAUCCAUAUUGGGAGAUUUUUCAAAGGAUGAUGAUCUGCUUAUACUUAUUUAACAUGGUAUUUUUUUCUUACAUCUUUUGUGAUUCAAAAAAUAAAAUGUAAUUUUCUGAAAUGAUGGAUAAGAGUCUAUAUCUUCAAAAAAAAAUAAUCUAUAUCUUCUAGAGAAAAUACACAAAGGAGUAGUCAAGCUCUGUAAACGUGCCACGAGCUCCAACACAACCAUCAUAAGGUAAAGCCAACAUUUUCUUCCAUGGCCUCAAAGGCCCUAGAACUUGCCUACCUUUCUGGCCUCACCUCCUAACUACUUACCCAUCUCUUGAACUUUACACUCUUAUAUAAAUUUCUAACUGUUAGAAUAUGCCAUGCUCCAUUUUUGCCCCUGCAUAUGUAUAUUUCCCUCUGGUACACUUGGAAGCCUCUUAUCCAUUGUGAAACCCUAUGUUGCCAUCACAUAGUCCAUAAAAUCUUACCUGGCCAACAUUCCACCAUCACCUGAAACCCAGUCACUCCCUCCUCUGCAUGCUGCCACAACUAUAUUGUUAAACUUAUCACACUGCACUGUAAUUACUUCCUGACAUUUGUAUCUACUCUUUUAAUAACCUAUGUUUAUUAUUGAAAGCAGAAACUGUUUCAUUGUGCAAUCAAUAAAUGUUUGAUAAAAUAAA